UUGGUUUUAAAAGAUGAGGAAAAAUCACAAUCAAGCAUGAAAGUGAAUUUUACAGAUUGGUAUGUUACGUCAGCUGUGCCGGGUCGGUACUCCACUGCCGCGGAUUUGGAGCAGGAAACGAAGACGACAGGAUUUCCAAACCAAACCAUCAACUGUUCACAGGCCGGGAUCCAGCUGUUGGAUCCAGAGAGCCUGGGUUCCUUAAUUCCUCUUGGACUAAUCUGCCUCGUUGUUACUUUUGGAAAUAUCUUGGUGAUAUCAGCUGUUAGAAUAUCAUCUAAACUAAGAGGCGCAACUAACUUGCUGAUAGUAUCAUUAGCGGUGGCAGAUUUACUACUAGGAGUUCUAAUUCUACCAAUGAGCGCAGUUUACGAGGUCAUUGACGUCUGGAUUCUUGGAUCAGAACUCUGUUUUAUCUGGUUAUCUGUGGAUGUUCUGACGAGCACAGCGAGUAUCCUUCACCUAGUGGUUAUCAGCCUGGAUCGUUAUAUCGCUGUCACACAUCCAGUAACUUAUCCAAACAUCAUGACCACCUCCAGAGCUAAGCUGAUGAUCUGCGGUGUGUGGGUGAUAAGUUUUAUAAUCUGCUUUCCUCCGCUUGUAGGUUGGAAUACAAGUGGCGCGGACUCCAGUGGUUUUGUGGACAAAGGCGACUGUAAACCUCAAUGCCAACUCAGUUCGGAUCCUGGAUACGUGAUAUACUCAGCUCUUGGAUCCUUCUUUGCCCCGAUGUUUGUGAUGAUUUUCUUGAACUGGAGAAUAUACAGGACAGCGAAGAAGACCAUCAAAGCCAUUAGACAGGGUUUUACAAGAGUUAAAAAUGGAGGAGAGGUGGUAGGAGGAAUGGGUAUACACAGAGGGAGAUCAAGCAAGCUACCUGAGCCUAAACCUGAGACCUCAUACAUUCAACUCACAACCUUCAGUGAGGUUGAACCCUCCUCUAGUGGGACUGUAACAUCAUCUCACAGGAUGGAAGAUGACUCAAAAUCUGAAUCUAGAAAGGGUUCCUUCUGUGAGACAACAUCUUUCUUCAACAAGUCCAAAAAACAAGUGAGAACCGUAAAAACUGAGUCAGGGUGGGAGAAAUCUAAUGGAGAAAAGGGUAAAUAUAUGAAGAGGAGAGGGAAUGGCGCCACCAGAGACUUUAAAGGAAAACAUUCAAACGGAGUUGAGAGAAAAACAUGCGCACACAAUCGGAGAAGUUUUUCAGAACAGGGUACACAAACGAAUACCUCAUCAUUUAUAAACAGAAAAAUUGUCAGAAAAAAGAGAUUUGUUGUCUCUGGUUCAAGAUCAACACUACUCAAACCUCACGCAAACUUAGGGUUUACAAAGAGUAAGGUUGCGUUCUCUACCCUAAGACUGGGAAGUGUUUCGGAGCCUAGGGAGGGUAGUGAACCACCCUCUCCUACAAACAGUUUGCUGGUAGAUGAAGGGAAGGGUCCAAGCUAUGCUAGACCUGGAAGCUCCAAAGCCUUCGCUAAAAGAAAUAUAAAAAAUCAGGUUCGAAAGUUUAAGAUGGAGACUAAGGCAGCUAAAACUAUUGGAAUAAUUGUUGGAUGUUUUGUUCUUUGUUGGCUUCCUUUCUUCACUAUAUAUAUCAGCAGUUACAUUCUAUACAUUCUUACAACUAUAGUGAGAGAAACAACUGCAAUAGAAGAAACAACUACAUUAGGAGAAACAACAACUGCAGAAGAAACUAAAACUACAAGAGAAUCAAUUACUGCCAGUGAAACAGCUACUAAAGUAAAAACAACUCCAAUAGAAAAAACAACUGAAGGAGAAACAACUACUGCAGGAGAAACGACAACUACAGGAGAAACAACUACAGUAGCAGACACAACAACUGUAGGAAAAUCCACUAAAGUAGGAGAAACAACUACUGCAGGAGAAACAAUAACAGUAGAAAAAACAACUACUGCAGAAGAAACAACUACUGCAGGAGAACAAAUUACAGUAGGAGAAAAAACAACUGCUGGAGAAACAACAAGAGUAGAAGUAACAACUACUGCAGGAAAAACAACUCCUAUUGGAGAAACAACUACACCAAACAACUACUACAGUAGAAACAACUACUGUAGGAAAAACAACUAUAGUGAGAGAAACAACUGCAAUAGAAGAAACAACUACAUUAGGAGAAACAACAACUGCAGAAGAAACAACAACUACCAGAAAAAAAACUACAAAUGCAGACUCAACUACAGAAGAAAAACCACUAAAGUAGGAGAAGCAACUACAGCAGGAGAAACAACUACAGAAGAAAAAACAACUACUGCAGAAGAAUUGACUACAGGAGAAAAAACUAAUGCAGGAGAAACAACAACUGCUGGAGUAACAACCAAAUUGGGAGAAACACCCACUGAAGGAGAAACAACUAAAGCAGGAGAAACAACAAAUGCAGGAGAAACAUCUACAAUAGGAGAAACAACCACAGUAGAAGAAACAACAACUGCAGGAAAAACAAUUACUACAGGAGAAACAAAAACUACAAUAGAAACAACUCCAGUAGAAGAAACAACUACUGCAGACGAAACAACUAUUGCAGGAGAAACAACAACUACAGGAGAAACAGUUACUGCCAGCCAAACAACUACUUCAGGAGAAACAUCUACAGCAGUAGAAACAACUACUGUAGGAGAAACAACUUUGGUGGGAGUAAAAACUUCAAUAGAAGAAACAUCUACAUUAGGAGAAACAACAACUGCAGAAGAAACUACAACUAUAAGAGAAACAACUACAGUAGGAAAAAUUACCAAAGUAGGAGAAGCAACUACUGCAGGAGAAACAACUACAACAGAAGAAACAACUACAUUAGGAGAAACAACAACUGCAGAAGAAACUACAACUACAAGAGAAAAAACUACAGAUGCAGACACAACUACAGUAGGAAAAAUCACUAAAGCAGAAGAAGCAACUACUGCAGGAGAAACAUCUACAGAAGAAAAAACAACUACUGCAGAAGAAUUGACUACUGCAGGAGAAAAAACUAAUGCAGGAGAAACAACAACUACUACAACCACCGUGGGAAAAAAAACCACUGGUGGAGAAACAACUACAGCAGGAGAAACAACAAAUGCAGGAGAAACAGCUACAGUAGGAGAAACAACCACAGUAGAAGAAACAAAAAAUGCAGGAAAAUCAACUGUUGCAGGAGAAAAAAACUACUGCAGGAUAAACACCUACAGAUGGAGAAACAUCUAA